AGAUUUUGAAACCCAGAAUGGUAAUAUGCUGAUUCCCCCCAAAAAACAAGAAAAAUACUACCGCUCUCAUUCCACUGGCCGGCGAACACAGUUCGGAUGUUACGUCGGAGCCUUUUUGUAGAACAGUGGUAUAAUGUGAAAAAUAAUCAGGACAGCGAAUUUACAAAAGAUGCUUACAUGCUGGCAGGUGUCGCACUACAAACGGCUACGAAUUUAAUUAGUGCAGCUGGCUUGAUUCUACAAUUGACGUUCCUUCCAAACUUGUCAAGUGAUUCAGCUUUCUUGAAUCCCCCUUUAAGAGGAAAUGAGUGGAGCUGUGCUUGUAGCGGUUGCUGCUGCAAUUGGCAGCUUUUUGCAAGGAUGGGACAACGCCACUAUUGCUGGGUCCAUUCUAUACAUUAAAAAGGAUUUUAAUCUGGAAACACAACCUACCAUGGAAGGACUUAUUGUUGCCAUGUCACUUAUUGGUGCUGUCUUAAUUACAACUUGUUCUGGUGCAAUUGCUGAUUGGCUUGGCCGUCGUCCCUUGCUCAUAACUUCUUCAGUUCUUUAUUUUGUUAGUGGCCUUGUAAUGCUUUGGUCUCCAAAUAUCUACGUUCUACUUUUGGCAAGACUUUUGGAUGGGUUUGGAGUUGGUUUGGCAGUUACUCUUGUCCCUAUAUAUAUAUCUGAAACAGCACCACCAGAGAUAAGGGGUUUAUUGAACACUCUACCUCAGUUCUCUGGCUGUGUUGGCAUGUUCCUUUCAUAUUGCAUGGUUUUUGGCAUGUCGUUGAUGAGUUCUCCCACUUGGAGACUGAUGCUUGGUGUACUUUCUAUCCCCUCCAUUCUGUAUUUUAUAUUGACAAUAUUUUACUUGCCCGAGUCCCCCAGAUGGCUUGUGAGUAAAGGGCGAAUGCUAGAUGCAAAGCGGGUCUUGCAGAGGCUCCGUGGACAGGAAGAUGUCUCUGGGGAAAUGGCUUUGUUAGUUGAGGGUCUUGAAGUUGGUGGUGAAACAUCAGUGGAGGAGUACAUUAUUGGCCCAGCAAAUGAACUUGCGGAGGACCAGGAACCAAGUGCUCAAAAAGAUCAAAUUAGGUUAUAUGGGCCUGGACAGGGACACUCUUUGGUUGCUCGGCCUGUCACGGGGCAAAGUGUACUUGGUAUUGCAUCUCACCAAGGAAGCACGUUUGCACAUAUGCCCCUCAUGGAUCCCGUUGUCGCUCUGUUUGGCAGUGUUUAUGAGAAGCUUCCGGAUGCAGGAAGCAAGGGAAGCAUGCUCUUUCCACAUCUGGGCAGCAUGUUUAGUGUUGCUGGAAAUCAAACAAAAAAUGAAGAGUGGGAUGAAGAAAACCUUGCCAUUGAGGGCGACGAUUAUGCAUCUGAGGCUGCAGCUGAAGAAUCUGAUGACAAUUUGCAGAGUCCACUUAUAUCACGUCAGACAACAAGCUUGGAAAAGGACAUGGUUCCGCCUCCAUCCCGUGGAAGUAUUUUUAGCAUGAUGCAGCGUAAUGAUGGUGAACCAGUUGACAGUGCUGGCAUUGGUGGUGGAUGGCAGCUUGCAUGGAAAUGGACAGAGAGAGAAGGUGAUGAUGACAAGGAGGGAGGUUUUAAAAGAAUCUAUUUGCAUGAGAGUGGGGCUCAGGGAAUUCGAAGGGGAUCUUUAGUUUCUCUUACUGGGGGUGAUAUGCCUGCUGGUGGUGAAUUUGUCCGUGCUGCUGCUUUGGUGAGUCAAUCUGCCUUAUAUUCAAAAGAUUUGAUGGAUCAACAUCCUGUUGGACCAGCUAUGAUUCAUCCAUCUGAAGCAUCUGGAAAAGGACCUAGUUGGAGCGAUUUGUUUGAACCAGGAGUCAAGCAUGCAUUGAUUGUUGGUGUGGGGAUUCAAAUACUUCAGCAGUUCUCAGGAAUUAAUGGAGUUAUGUACUACACUCCGCAAAUACUUGAGCAGGCAGGUGUAGGAGUUCUUUUCUCAAACUUUGGCAUCAGUUCUGCUUCUGCAUCUCUGCUGAUAAGUGCAAUCACAAAUUUCUUAAUGCUCCCUUCAAUAGCUGUUGCCAUGAGGCUUGUGGAUAUCUCUGGCAGGAGGAGUCUGCUGCUAGGCACAAUUCCUAUCUUAAUAAUAGCCCUCGUUGUUUUAGUCAUUGGAAGUUUAGUGAGUAUGGGGACUGUAGCAAAGGCUGCUAUAUCUACAGUUUGUGUUGUUUUGUACUUCUGCUCAUUUGUUAUGGGGUUCGGGCCCAUUCCCAACAUACUCUGUUCAGAGAUAUUUCCAACUCGGAUCCGAGGUAUAUGCAUUGCCAUAUGUGCCCUAGUAUUCUGGAUUGGGGAUAUUAUUGUUACCUACACACUACCUGUCAUGCUAUCUUCUAUUGGUCUUGCUGGUGUAUUUGGCAUAUAUGCCAUCGUCUGCGUUAUAUCAUGGAUAUUUGUUUUCUUGAAAGUGCCUGAAACUAAGGGAAUGCCUCUUGAAGUGAUUUCGGAGUUUUUUGCUCUUGGUGCGAAGCAGGUUGCUGCUGCUGCUAACAACUAAUGUUGACCGUUCGACAACAUGUUGCCUUGGUAGUGCCUUGUAUUCGCUUUUGUUUUAAGGUUCCAUUGUCUGAUGAAGUGGUGUUUGCUAUUCAGUUUUGUGAGUUGUGUAGACCAGUACAAGAUUUUUUAAAUGAAUUUUAAGACCCGUAUCCUGUCAACUACAACUGCAGUUUCCA